AUGGCGCUCGUGGGCGGCCAGCUGGGCUCCUGUGCCAGCUCCUGCCGCCUCUCCAGGGACCGGGGCCAGUGCAUCGCGGAGCGCCGGCUGCUCGCCCAGAGGCAGGGCAGGAUGCUGCGCCCGUCUGCAGUGAGGACGACUGGGCUGGACAUGAGAGCUUUGGAGACCCUGAAGACCCAGCUCCGAACCUUCAACCUUGGAAACAACAGCAGUGAUGGGGCACAAGCACUGUUCCUGGGGUCCCUGGGGUCCCUGGGCUCCCGGGGAGCAGGGGUGCUCGACGUGGAGCAGAGUGGGGGCCCUGUGCCGACGGCGUCCCUACUGGGGGAGGUGGGGGCUCCAGCGAGCCAGGACCCCCUGAGGAUGGGGGACCCAAGCGUGUGCUGGGCGCUGGCGUGGGCCCUCCUGGCCCUGCUCUGGGUGCAGAAGGCAGAGGCUCAGGGCAGCGUGGAACCUAGCGGGGGAGCGGCAGAGGCUGCCGAGGACAGUCGGAGGAUGGACACUGCCCGGCACAUGAUCUUCGUCCCCCCCAUCGCCGUCCUCCCCACCAUGAGCCCCUCGAACCUGGCGCACAACGGGCGGGUCUGCAGCACGUGGGGGGACUUCCACUACAAGACCUUCGACGGCGACAUCUUCCGCUUCCCCGGCCUCUGCAACUACGUCUUCUCCGCGCACUGCGGGGCCGCCUACGAGGACUUCAACGUCCAGCUGCGCCGCGGCCUGGCCGGCUUCAGGCCCACCAUCACCCACGUGGUCCUGAAAACCCAGGGGCUGGUGCUGGAGAUCUCCAACGGCUCCGUCCUCAUCGACGGGCAGCGGGAGAAGCUGCCGUACAGCCGGGCCAGCCUCCUGGUGGAGCAGAGCAGCCACUACGUCAAGGUCACCGUCCGACUGGUGCUGACCUUCAUGUGGAAUGGAGAGGACAGCGCCCUGCUGGAGCUGAACCCCAAGUAUGCCAACCAGACAUGUGGCCUCUGCGGGGACUUCAAUGGGCUCCCAGCUGUCAACGAGUUCUAUGCCCACAACGUCAGGCUGACCCCUCUACAGUUCGGGAACCUGCAGAAGCUGGACGGGCCCACUGAGCAGUGCCAGGACCCCCAGCCCUCCACAGCCGACAACUGCACAGAUGGGGAGGGCAUCUGCCGCCGCACCCUGCUGGGCCCGGCCUUCGCUCAGUGCAGCCACCUGGUGGACACCGCCGCCUACGUGGCCGCCUGCGCCCAGGACCUGUGCCGCUGCCCCAGCUGCCCGUGCGCCACCUUCGCUGAGUACUCCCGCCAGUGUGCCCACGCAGGGGGCCAGCCGCAGGACUGGAGGGGCCCUGGCCUCUGCCCCCGGACCUGCCCCCUGAACAUGCAGCACCAGGAGUGCGGCUCGCCCUGCGCGGACACUUGCUCCAACCCGGGCAGCUCACAGCUCUGCGAGGACCACUGCACGGACGGCUGCUUCUGCCCUCCAGGCACGGUGCUGGAUGAUGUCACCCACACGGGCUGCCUGCCCCUGGAGCGCUGCCCCUGCACCCACAGCGGCCGCACCUACGCCCCGGGGGCCUCCUUCACCACCAGCUGCAGCUCCUGCACCUGUUCCGGGGGACUGUGGCAGUGCCAGGACCUCCCGUGCCCGGGCACCUGCUCCGUCCAGGGCGGGGCCCACAUCUCCACCUAUGACGAGAAACUCUACAACAUGCACGGGGACUGCAGCUACGUCCUGUCCAAGAAAUGCGCAGAUCACAGCUUCACUGUGCUGGCUGAGCUGCGGAGAUGCGGCCUGACCGACGACGAGAACUGCCUCAAGACAGUGACACUGAGCGUGGCCGGCGGCGACACGACCAUCUGGAUCGAGGCCAACGGCGGGGUGUUCAUGAACUCCAUCUACACCCAGCUGCCUGUGUCAGCAGCCAACAUCACCAUGUUUAGGCCUUCGACCUUCUUCAUCCUGGUGCAGACGGGCUUUGGGCUGCAGCUGGAGGUGCAGCUGGUGCCCCUUAUGCAGGUGAUCCUGAGGCUGGACCCUGCCUACCGAGGCCAGAUGUGCGGUCUCUGCGGGAACUUCAACCAGAACCAGGCCGACGACUUCCGGACCCUCAGCGGUGUGGUGGAGGGCACGGCCGCCGCCUUCGCCAACACCUGGAAGACCCAGGCCACCUGUCCCAACGUCAAGAACAGCUUCGAGGACCCCUGCUCCCUCAGCGUGGAGAACGAGAACUAUGCCCAGCACUGGUGCGCCCUGCUGACCGACCCUGCCGGCAGCUUCUCGCCCUGCCACUCCCUCGUCAACCCUGCCCCCUUCUACUUGAACUGCCUGUUCGACACGUGCAACUGUGAGAAGAGCGAGGACUGCCUGUGCGCCGCCCUGUCCUCCUACGUCCGCGCCUGCGCCGCCCGGGGCGUGCUGCUCAGCGGCUGGAGGGCCGGCGUCUGCACCAAGUACAAGAGCCUGUGCCCCAAGUCCCAGAGCUACGCGUACGUGGUGGACGGCUGCCAGCCCACCUGCCGAGCCCUGAGCCAGGAGGACGUCACCUGUGGAGUCACCUUCGUGCCCGUGGACGGCUGCACCUGCCCCCGCGGCACCUUCCUGGACGACACGGGCAACUGUGUGCCCGCCGAGGCCUGUCCCUGCUACUUCCGGGGCUCUGUGGUGGCCCCCGGGGAGGUGGUACAUGACAACGAUGUGGUGUGCUCGUGUGCGAGUGGGAAGCUGAGCUGCCUGGGUGCCGCAAAGCAGACCAGCUCAGGCUGCGUGGCCCCGAUGGUGUACCUGAACUGCAGCAACGCCGCGGCGGGCACGCCCGGGGUCGAGUGCCUCCGAAGCUGCCACACGCUGGGCGUGGAGUGUUUCAGCGUUCACUGCUUGUCUGGCUGUGUCUGCCCCCCGGGGCUGGUGUCCAAUGGGAGCGGGGGCUGCGUGGCCGAGGAGGACUGCCCCUGCCUGCACAACGACGUAGCCUACAGGCCUGGGGACACCAUCAGGGUCGACUGUAACGACUGCACCUGCCAGGACCACAAGUGGCAGUGCAGCCAGCGGCCCUGCCUGGGCACCUGUGUGGCCUACGGGGACGGCCACUUCAUCACCUUCGACGGCAGGCGGUACAGCUUUGAGGGCAGCUGCGAGUACACACUGGCCCAGGACCACUGUGGAGGCAACAGCUCCAGCAGCGGGACCUUCCGCAUUGUCACUGAGAACGUCCCCUGUGGGACCACCGGUGUCACCUGCUCCAAGGCCAUCAAGAUCUUCCUGGAGAACUAUGAGCUGAUCCUCCAUGAGGGCGCCUACAAGGUGGUGCAGAGGGGGCCCGGUGCAGACACACCCUACAAGGUCCGGUACAUGGGCACCCACCUGGCCAUCGAGACCCGCAGCGGCCUGGUUGUGUCCUGGGACCGGAAGACCAGCGUGUUCAUCCGGCUGCACCAGGAUUACAAGGGCAGGGUCUGCGGGCUGUGCGGGAACUUCGAUGACAACGCCAUCAACGACUUCACCACGCGGAGCCAGUCCGUGGUGGGCGACGCUCUGGAGUUUGGCAACAGCUGGAAAUUCUCCCCCACCUGCCCUGAUGCCCCGGCCCCCAGGGACCCCUGCACCGCCAACCCCUACCGCAAGUCCUGGGCCCAGAAGCAGUGCAGCCUCAUCAACAGCCCCACCUUCGAGGCCUGCCGUUCUCAGGUCGACUCCACCAAGUACUACGAGGCCUGCGUGAGCGACGCGUGCGCCUGCGACUCCGGAGGCGACUGCGAGUGUUUCUGCACCGCGGUGGCCGCCUACGCCCAAGCCUGCCUGGACGUGGGCGUCUGCGUGUCCUGGCGCACCCCGGACGUCUGCCCUCUGUUCUGUGACUACUACAACCCCCAAGAGGAGUGCCAGUGGCACUACCAGCCCUGUGGGGUGCCCUGCCUGAAAACCUGCCGGAACCCCAGCGGACGCUGUCUGAUGGAGCUGCCGGGCCAGGAAGGCUGCUACCCGAAGUGUCCGCCCAGCAAGCCGUUCUUCGAUGAGGAUCAGAUGAGGUGUGUGGCCCAGUGUGGCUGCUACGAUGACGACGGGAACUACCACGAUGUUGGCACCAAGGUCUCCACAGCGGAAAACUGCCAGAGCUGUGAGUGCGCCCCAGGCGGCCUCCAGUGCACGCACAGCCUCGCCGCUUGCAAGUGCACCUACGAGGGCAGGACCUACGGCUACGGGGACGUCAUCUACAACACGACCGACGGGCUGGGCGCCUGCUUCAUGGCGCUGUGCGGAGACAACGGCACGAUCACGCGGAGGGCCUGGGAGUGUCCGGGAACCCCGUCCACCACGCCCUUCGCCUUCACCUCUGCAGAGACCCCGUCCUCCACGACAGGUCCGGUCCCCACCUUCACCGUGUGUGUGCGGGAGCUGUGCCGCUGGUCUGCCUGGUACGACAGCAGCAGUCCAGAGCCGGGCAUGGGAGGUGGAGACUUCGAGACAUUUGCAAACCUGAGGCUGGCAGGUCACCAGGUCUGCCCAGCCCCAGCCCAAAUCGAGUGCCGGGCACAGCUGCUUCCAGACACACCCCUGGAGCAGCUGGGCCAAAAUGUGGACUGCGACCCGGUGUGGGGGCUCAGGUGCCUGAACAACCAGCAGAGCCCCCCACUCUGCCACAACUAUGAGCUGCGGGUGCUCUGCUGUGACUACGUGCCCUGCAGCACCAACUCCAGCCCAGACACCAACCAGAAGCCAACCCCCGGGCCCCUGCCCACCUCCACCACCCAGGCAACCCCAGCCUUCACCUCGCAGAUGACAGAGACCCAGACAGCCAGCAGCUCCGAGGCCCCGGGCACCACCUGCCAGCCCCGAUGUCAGUGGACGGAGUGGUUCGAUGAGGAUUACCCCAAGUCUGAGGAGGCUGGGGGUGACAUCGAGUCAUAUGACAAGAUCAGGAGUGCAGGGGGCGCUGUGUGUGAGCAGCCUCGGGACAUCGAGUGCCGGGCGGAGAACUUCCCCGACAAGAGACCCGAGGAGCUGGGGCAGCGGGUGCACUGCAACCCCAGCUUUGGGCUGGUCUGCAGGAAUGAUGAGCAGAUGGGCAUGUUCAAGAUGUGCUACAACUACAGAAUCCGCCUGCUAUGCUGCAGCCACGACCACUGUGGGGAGCACACUGCCACCACUGCCACCACCAAAACAGCCACUGCCACGCCCACAGCCACUGCCACGCCCACAGCCACUGCCGCCACCACCACUGCCAUCUCCACCCCCACACUGGGGAGUAGCCCAAGGGUGACACAGGCCCCCCCGGGCAGCACUACAGCAGUACCUUUCCGCACGGUGGGACCAGUCUCCCCAGCAACAUCCCCAAGCCCCAGCCAAAUAGACACACUCAUGACAUCUGCCACAAGGAGGCCCACGUCUCCUCCAGGCUCCACAAAGCCCACAGCCCUGCAGGCAACCACGGGGGGAACCUCGCAGGAGCACAGGCCGGAGUCAGAGGCCAUACGGGCGUCCACAGCUCGCCCAGGAACGCUAAGCAGUCCUGUCACGACGUCCACGAGCCCACUGCCCACACCACACACCGGGGAGAGCAAACGCACAGUGGAGACACCACGGGCCACCACGGAAGCCACCACCAGCCAGGGCAACACUGGCUGCAAACCCAAGUGCGAGUGGACAGAAUGGUUUGAUGUGGAUUUCCCCUCCUCGGGCGUCACGGGCGGGGACAUGGAGACCUACGACAACAUCCGGGCUGCCGGUGGCAAGCUGUGCCAGGCCCCGCAGAAGGUCGAGUGCCGGGCGGAAAGCUACCCCGAGGUGAGCCUCGACCAGAUCGGGCAGGUGGUCAGCUGCAGCCUGCAGGACGGGCUGGUCUGCAGGAACCAGGACCAGAAGGGGCCGUUCAACAUGUGCUUCAACUACAACAUCCGGGUGCUGUGCUGCAGCCACACCAGCCACUGCCUCACCUCCACCAUGCCGGUACCUCUGCCGUCCACCCAGACCCUGCCUGCACCCAGCACACCUACCUCGUCCAAGACACCUCUCACCUCCCUCAGGACCACCCAGAGGACCUCUGUCCUCAGUCCCUCUGCCUCACCCCUGGUGUCCUCCCCUGUACAGACCAACCCUGGGAUCCCGUCCACCAGUCCCACCUUUGGGACCACUUUGUCCUCCCGCCCCUGGAAGCCCAGCUCUGUCUCACGCAUCCCGACUUCCCCAAACGCCGGAGUCUGCGAACCGCAGUGCGCCUGGACAGACUGGCUGGACCAGAGCUACCCCAUGCCGGGGGCCUCCGGCGGGGACUUUGAGACCUACGCCAACAUCCGCGCAGCCGGCGGGGCCGUCUGUGAGCAGCCCGUGGCCCUGGAGUGCCGGGCUCAGACGCAGCCGGACGUACCCCUGGAGCAGCUGGGCCAGACGGUGCUGUGCCAGCUGGAGGAGGGCCUGGUGUGCCGCAACCGCGACCAGGGCGGCCGGUUCAAGAUGUGCUUCAACUACGAAAUCCGCGUGCUCUGCUGUGACUACCGCCACUGCCCCGGCACCCCCGAAACCAGCACGCCCCCCACCAGAGCCAGCACGGAUCAUCGGUCACCGCGGACCACAGGCACCUGGACCACGACCACCACCCAGCCACUGUCCUCCUCUGCCAGGACCACCGAGAGGGUCCCCACCCCCACUGCUGAGACAGGACCCUCUACACCCAGGACCACCGAGAGUAUCCCCACCUCCACGGCUGAGACAGGACCCUCUACACUCAGGACCACCGAGAGUGUCCCCACCCCCACGGCUGAGACAGGACCCUCUACACCCAUGACCACCGAGAGUGUCCCCACCCCCACGGCUGAGACAGGACCCUCUACACUCAGGACCACCGAGAGUGUCCCCACCCCCACGGCUGAGACAGGACCCUCUACACCCAUGACCACCGAGAGUGUCCCCACCCCCACGGCUGAGACAGGACCCUCUACACUCAGGACCACCGAAAGUGUCCCUACCCCCACGGCUGAGACAGGACCCUCUACACUCAAGACCACCGAGAGGGUCCCCACCCCCACUGCUGAGACAGGACCCUCUACACCCAUGACCACCAAGUGGGUCCCUGAAACCCACACACCACCUGUCUCCCCACUCAGGCCCAUCCCUGAGACCACCAGCUCCGUGCGGGGCUCCACCCUGGGACUUUCUACCACUGCCCCCAAGGUUACGAGCACCCCAACACAGGCUGAGGCCUCACCCACCCUGACCACCAGCCCCAUAAGCACAUCGGCCACGACCACUGCCUGUCAGCCUCGCUGCGCCUGGACGGACUGGCUGGACCAGAGCUACCCCAUGCCGGGGGCCUCCGGCGGGGACUUUGAGACCUACGCCAACAUCCGCGCGGCCAGCGGGGCCGUCUGUGAGCAGCCGGUGGCCCUGGAGUGCCGGGCUCAGACGCAGCCGGACGUGCCCCUGGAGCAGCUGGGCCAGACGGUGCUGUGCCGGCUGCAGGAGGGCCUGGUGUGCCGCAACCGCGACCAGGGCGGCCGGUUCAAGAUGUGCUUCAACUACGAAAUCCGUGUGCUCUGCUGUGACUACCGCCACUGCUCCGGCACCCCCGAAACCAGCACGGUGACAGUCCCAGGGCCUAGCCUGAAGCCAACCUCCCCAGUGGCCACCAGCCCGACCACCUCCAGCACAGCCCACACCACGACCCCAUACGGGUGCCAGCCUGUGUGCCGCUGGACUGACUGGCUGGACAGUGACCAGCCCCGGCCAGGCCGCUUUGGGGGUGACAUUGAGACCUAUCACAACAUCGUGGAGGCAGGUGGCCAGCUCUGCACGGAGCCGGAUGCCAUCCAGUGCGAGGCGGUCCUCUUCCCGGGGGUGCCCCUCGCGCAGCUGGGCCAGACGGUGCAGUGCGCCCGGGAGUAUGGGCUCAUCUGCAGGAACAGCCGGCAGCAGGAGGGCCAGACCUGCCUCAACUACCAAAUCCGCGUGCUCUGCUGUGACGACAGCCACUGCCCAGGCACCCCCGAAACCAGCACGCCCCCCACCAGAGCCAGCACGGACCAUCGGUCACCAUGGACCACAGGCGUCUGGACCACGAUCACCACCCAGCCACUGCCCUCCUCUGCCAGGACCACCGAGAGUGUCCCCACCCCCACGGCUGAGACAGGACCCUCUACACCCAGGACCACCGAGAGUGUCCCCACCCCCACGGUUGAGACAGGACCCUCUACACUCAGGACCACCGAGAGUGUCCCCACCCCCACGGCUGAGACAGGACCCGCUACACUCAGGACCACCGAGAGUGUCCCCACCCCCACGGCUGAGACAGGACCCUCUACACUCAGGACCACCGAGAGUGUCCCCACCCCCACGGCUGAGACAGGACCCUCUACACUCAGGACCACCGAGAGUGUCCCCACCCCCACGGCUGAGACAGGACCCUCUACAGCCAAGACCACCGAGAGAGUCCCUGACACCCACACACCACCUGUCUCCCCACUCAGGCCCAUCCCUGAGACCACCAGCUCCGUGCGGGGCUCCACCCUGGGACUUUCUACCACUGCCCCCAAGGUUACGAGCACCCCAACACAGGCUGAGGCCUCACCCACCCUGACCACCAGCCCCAUAAGCACAUCUGCCACGACCACUGCCUGUCAGCCUCGCUGCGCCUGGACGGACUGGCUGGACCAGAGCUACCCCAUGCCGGGGGCCUCCGGCGGGGACUUUGAGACCUACGCCAACAUCCGCGCGGCCGGCGGGGCCGUCUGUGAGCAGCCGGUGGCCCUGGAGUGCCGGGCUCAGACGCAGCCGGACGUGCCCCUGGAGCAGCUGGGCCAGACGGUGCUGUGCCGGCUGCAGGAGGGCCUGGUGUGCCGCAACCGCGACCAGGGCGGCCGGUUCAAGAUGUGCUUCAACUACGAAAUCCGCGUGCUCUGCUGUGACGACCGCCACUGCCCCAGCACCCCCGAAACCAGCACGCCCCCCACCAGAGCCAGCACGGACCAUCGGUCACCGCGGACCACAGGCGUCUGGACCACGACCACCACCCAGCCACUGUCCUCCUCUGCCAGGACCACCGAGAGUGUCCCCACCCCCACUGCUGAGACAGGACCCUCUACACUCAGGACCACCGAGAGUGUCCCCACCCCCACGGCUGAGACAGGACCCUCUACACUCAGGACCACCGAGAGUGUCCCCACCCCCACGGCUGAGACAGGACCCUCUACACUCAGGACCACAGAGAGUGUCCCCACCCCCACGGCUGAGACAGGACCCUCUACACCCAGGACCACCGAGAGUGUCCCCACCCCCACGGCUGAGACAGGACCCUCUACACCCAGGACCACCGAGAGUGUCCCCACCCCCACGGCUGAGACAGGACCCUCUACACCCAGGACCACCGAGAGGGUCCCUGACACCCACACACCACCUGUCUCCCCACUCAGGCCCAUCCCUGAGACCACCAGCUCCGUGCGGGGCUCCACCCUGGGACUUUCUACCACUGCCCCCAAGGUUACGAGCACCCCAACACAGGCUGAGGCCUCACCCACCCUGACCACCAGCCCCAUAAGCACAUCGGCCACGACCACUGCCUGUCAGCCUCGCUGCGCCUGGACGGACUGGCUGGACCAGAGCUACCCCAUGCCGGGGGCCUCCGGCGGGGACUUUGAGACCUACGCCAACAUCCGCGCGGCCGGCGGGGCCGUCUGUGAGCAGCCGGUGGCCCUGGAGUGCCGGGCUCAGACGCAGCCGGACGUGCCCCUGGAGCAGCUGGGCCAGACGGUGCUGUGCCGGCUGCAGGAGGGCCUGGUGUGCCGCAACCGCGACCAGGACGGCCGGUUCAAGAUGUGCUUCAACUACGAAAUCCGUGUGCUCUGCUGUGACGACCGCCACUGCCCCAGCACCCCCGAAACCAGCACGCCCCCCACCAGAGCCAGCACGGACCAUCGGUCACCGCGGACCACAGGCGUCUGGACCACGACCACCACCCAGCCACUGUCCUCCUCUGCCAGGACCACCGAGAGUGUCCCCACCCCCACUGCUGAGACAGGACCCUCUACACUCAGGACCACCAAGAGUGUCCCCACCCCCACGGCUGAGACAGGACCCUCUACACUCAGGACCACCGAGAGUGUCCCCACCCCCACGGCUGAGACAGGACCCUCUACACUCAGGACCACCGAGAGUGUCCCCACCCCCACGGCUGAGACAGGACCCUCUACACUCAGGACCACAGAGAGUGUCCCCACCCCCACGGCUGAGACAGGACCCUCUACACCCAGGACCACCGAGAGUGUCCCCACCCCCACGGCUGAGACAGGACACUCUACACCCAGGACCACCGAGAGUGUCCCCACCCCCACGGCUGAGACAGGACCCUCUACACCCAGGACCACCGAGAGGGUCCCUGACACCCACACACCACCUGUCUCCCCACUCAGGCCCAUCCCUGAGACCACCAGCUCCGUGCGGGGCUCCACCCUGGGACUUUCUACCACUGCCCCCAAGGUUACGAGCACCCCAACACAGGCUGAGGCCUCACCCACCCUGACCACCAGCCCCAUAAGCACAUCGGCCACGACCACUGCCUGUCAGCCUCGCUGCGCCUGGACGGACUGGCUGGACCAGAGCUACCCCAUGCCGGGGGCCUCCGGCGGGGACUUUGAGACCUAUGCCAACAUCCGCGCGGCCGGCGGGGCCGUCUGUGAGCAGCCGGUGGCCCUGGAGUGCCGGGCUCAGACGCAGCCGGACGUGCCCCUGGAGCAGCUGGGCCAGACGGUGCUGUGCCGGCUGGAGGUGGGCCUGGUGUGCCGCAACCGCGACCAGGGCGGCCGGUUCAAGAUGUGCCUCAACUACCAAAUCCGCGUGCUCUGCUGUGACGACCGUCACUGCCCCAGCACCCCCGAAACCAGCAUACCCCCCACCAGAGCCAGCACGGACCAUCGGUCAACGCGGACCACAGGCGUCUGGACCACGACCACCACCCAGCCACUGCCCUCCUCUGCCAGGACCACCAAGAGUGUCCCCACCCCCACUGCUGAGACAGGACCCUCUACACUCAGGACCACCGAGAGUGUCCCCACCCCCACUACUGAGACAGGACCCUCUACACUCAGGACCACCGAGAGUGUCCCCACCCCCACUACUGAGACAGGACCCUCUACACUCAGGACCACCGAGAGUGUCCCCACCCCCACUGCUGAGACAGGACCCUCUACACCCAUGACCACCGAGAGGGUCCCUGACACCCACACACCACCUAUCUCCCCACUCAGGCCCAUCCCUGAGACCACCAGCUCCGUGCGGGGCUCCACCCUGGGACUUUCUACCACUGCCCCCAAGGUUACAAGCACCCCAACACAGGCUGAGACCUCACCCACCCUGACCACCAGCCCCAUAAGCACAUCGGCCACGACCACUGCCUGUCAGCCUCGCUGCGCCUGGACGGACUGGCUGGACCAGAGCUACCCCAUGCCGGGGGCCUCCGGCGGGGACUUUGAGACCUACGCCAACAUCCGCGCGGCCGGCGGGGCCGUCUGUGAGCAGCCGGUGGCCCUGGAGUGCCGGGCUCAGACGCAGCCGGACGUGCCCCUGGAGCAGCUGGGCCAGACGGUGCUGUGCCGGCUGGAGGUGGGCCUGGUGUGCCGCAACCGCGACCAGGGCGGCCGGUUCAAGAUGUGCCUCAACUACCAAAUCCGCGUGCUCUGCUGUGACGACCGCCACUGCCCCGGCCCCCCCCAAACCAGCACACCCCCCACCAGAGCCAGCACGGACCAUCGGUCACCGCGGACCACAGGCGUCUGGACCACGACCACCACCCAGCCACUACCCUCCUCUGCCACGACCACCAAGAGUGUCCCCCACACAGCACCUCUGGUGACCCGCCCUGUACAGCCCAGCUCUGGGAUCCCGUCCACCAGUCCCACCUCCACGACCUCGGCGGUCUGCCAGCCACAGUGCACCUGGACCGACUGGUUCGACGAGGACUACCCCACGCCGGUGCCCGACGGCGGGGACUUUGAGACCUUCUCCGUCCUGCGCGAGGCCGGCCACGUCUUCUGCGAGCAGCCUCAGGACAUCCAGUGCCGCUCAGAGAGGGAGCCGGGCCUGAGCCUGGAGGAGGUGGGGCAGGUGGUGCUGUGCAGCGUGCACUCCGGGCUGGUGUGCCGCAACCGCGACCAGCCGGGGCCCGUGCCCUACUGCCACAACUUCCACGUGCGCCUGCUGUGUUGCGACACGCGCUGCGCCCCCACGCCGUCCACCCCGCCGCCUUCUGCCAGCACGCCCCACGGGCCCAGCGCCGCGCCCAGCCCACCCGGCCCCACCACGCCCUGCCGCUGCCAGGCCUUUGGACAGCUCUUCUCACCAGGGGACGUGGUCUACAACAGGACCGACGGGGCCGGCUGCCGUUUUUAUGCCAUCUGCAACCAGCACUGUGAGCUUGACCGCGUCCAGGGUGCCUGCCCCACCCCCACGCCCCCAGAGCCCUCGACCUCCGUGCCCCCGACCUCCCCAGCUCCCGGCUGUGACCUCAUCAACCCUCCCCGACAGGUGAAUGAGUCCUGGACCCUGGAGGACUGCACGGUGGCCCGGUGUGAGGGCGACAACCGCGUUGUCCUGCUGCCGCCCAAGCCCACGCCCCAGGUCACCUGUGUGAACGGGCACCAGCCGGUCAGAGUGCAGAGCCCGCAGGAGCCCUGCCAACAGCACUACGAGUGUGAAUGCUCCUGCAGCGGCUGGGGGGGCUCCCACUACAUCACCUUCGACGGCACCCCCUACUCCUUCUGGGGCAACUGCACCUACGUGCUGGUGCGGGAGGCCCGGCCCCGCCACGGGAACCUCACGGUGCUCCUCCACAACCACUACUGCGAGGCCGCCCCCGCUUCCGCCCCCUGCCCCCGCGCCCUCAGCCUCCACUACAAGUCCGUGGAGGUCGUGCUCACCACCACGACCACCGCCGGCGGGCAGGAGGAGAGUCUGAUCCUGUUCGACGGCGUGCGGGUGAGCCAGGGCUUCAGCAAGAACGGCGUCAGCGUGUCCACGGCCGGGAACAGCGGGAUGCGCGUCAGCAUCCCGGCCAUCGGCGUCAGCGUGGCCUUCGAUGGCCACGUCUUCCAGAUCCAGCUGCCCUACGGUCACUUCAGCAACAACACUGAGGGCCAGUGCGGCACCUGCACCAACAGCAAGACGGACGACUGCCGCCGGCCGGAUGGCACCACGGCCCCCAGCUGCCACGACAUGGCCCCCACCUGGCUGGUCCCCGAGAGUGGCAAGGAGGACUGCCCAGGGAUCGGCCCGCCCACACCCAGCAGCCCCCCUUCCUGGGUGCCCACCACGCCCACCUCUGCGCCGUGUCCCCCAGCACCCGUCUGCAAGCUGAUCCUGAGCCCCGUCUUCGCCACGUGCCACAGCCUCAUCCCGCCCGGCCUGUUCUUCAGCACCUGUGUGAGCACCGCCUGCCAGGCUGGCCGGCCCGAGGCGCCCUGCGAGAGCCUGGAGGCCUACGCGGCGCUCUGCCGUGUCCGGGGCGUGUGCAGCGACUGGCGGAACGCCACCGGCGGGCUGUGCGACCUCACCUGCCCCCCUGGAAAGGUGUACAAGCCGUGUGGCCCCGCACAGCCCUUGUCCUGUGACAUCAGGAGCCAGAGCUGGGAGAGCCAGGGGCUGGCGGAGGGCUGCUACUGCCCUGAUGGCCAAACCCUCUUCAACGCCCACACGGACGUCUGUGUGCCCCAGUGCACCUGCGUGGGACCAGACGGGUUUCCUAAAUUCCCCGGGGAGCGCUGGGUCAGCAACUGCCAGGCCUGUGUGUGUGACGAGGGCACCACGUCGGUGCAGUGCGUCCCCGUGCAGUGCGAGGCCCGGGACCCGCCCCUGGAGUGCAACCAGGCUGGCUUCACGACAGUGACCAGGCCCCGGGCCGACAACCCCUGCUGCCAGGAGACGCUGUGCGUCUGCAAUGUGACCACCUGCCCCCAGAACCCCCCGAAAUGUGGGCCAGAAGAGGUGCUGGUCCGCAUCCAAGAGGACAGCUGCUGCCCCACCUUCAUCUGCUGGCCUAAGCUGUGCACCUACAAUGACACCUUCUAUGGGGUCGGUGCCACCUUCCCAGGGGUCGUUCCCUGCCACAUGUGCACCUGCCGGUCUGCGGACGCCCAGAGCCCCACUGUGCAGUGCGAGGAGACCACCUGCAACACGACCUGUGCCCAGGGCUCUGAGUAUUCCACGGUGGCUGGGCAGUGCUGCGGGGAGUGUGUGCAGACGGACUGCCUCACGCCUGACGGCCAGCUGGUCCAGCCCAACGAGACCUGGGUGGACGGCCUCGCGGACAACUGCACGGAGUACCGCUGCCAGACGGGGGGCGGGGUCCCUGUGCUGGUCCCGAAUCCUGCGCCCUGCCCGGACGUGUCCAGCUGCAGGGGCGUCCUCAGGAAAAUCGGCUGCUGCUACUCCUGCGAGGAAGAGGACUCCUGCCAGGUCCGCGUCAACAGGACGGUGUUGCGGCACCAGGGCUGCGAGGCCCCCGCCAACCUCACCUUCUGUGAGGGCGCCUGCCCGGGAGAGUCCAAGUACUCCGCCGAGGCCCAGGCCCUGCAGCGACGCUGCACCUGCUGCCAGGAGACCAAGGCCCACGAGGAGGUGGUGACCCUGCGGUGCCCCGAUGGGACGGCCGUCCAGCACACCUACACCCACAUAGACGACUGCCGCUGUGCCCUGUCCUGCGUGUCCCCGCCUGCGGCUCCCGGGGACAGCACCCAUGUCUUGCCGUUCUAGGGGCCCCCCCUG